UUUUUUGAAGUAGAUAGAUAAUCAGAAUCGACAGGGGCUAAACGAAGCCAGGGGAGGGAAGGAUAAGCUGGAGGGCUUGCCUCGCGUUCACUCCUCCGAACGUAUAAAAUCCGCCUGCUCUGGCAGUGGAUGCCCAGGGCUUUUUGGGGUUUAAUCUUUCUUCUCUUCUCUCUCCGGUUCGUCUUUUUUUCCUCGAAUUCCUCGUUCUACGUUCUCUUCCAGCCUUUAUUUGCUUUAUAAUUCCUUCGCUCUCUGCUGGUCUUUCGGUUGGCCAUGGCUACUGUCCAACUCUCCUCUUCUUCUACUUCUGCCGCUUUGGCGUCGUUCGAGGGCCUGAAACCCUCAUGUGUUAGGUUUUCAUCACAUAGCCCUGGCACCCUGAGAGUCCUGAAGCGGUCCUCCGUGAGCCUCUCCAUCAGGGCAGCAACUGUUGUCUCGCCCAAGUACACUAGUCUGAAGCCAUUGGGUGACAGAGUGCUUGUGAAAAUCAAAACUGUUGAGGAUAAAACAGUAGGUGGAAUUCUACUUCCGACAACUGCCCAGACCAAACCUCAAGGAGGGGAGGUAGUUGCUGUUGGCGAGGGGAAAACUAUUGGCAAGAACAAAGUUGAUAUCAGUGUUCAGGUUGGUGAACAAGUUGUAUACUCAAAGUAUGCUGGCACAGAAAUUGAGUUUAGUGGAAGCAAGCAUCUUUUGUUGAAGGAAGAUGACAUUGUGGGCAUUCUUGAUGGUGAUGAUAUAGAAGAACUAAAGCCUCUCAAUGAUCGUGUUUUAAUCAAGGUUGCGGAGGCAGAAGAGAAAACAGCUGGAGGUUUGUUGCUAACAGAAGCAACCAAGGAAAAACCCUCAAUUGGCACAGUUGUGGCUGUUGGACCUGGUCCUUUGGAUAACGAGGGUUGCCGCAGACCACUAAAUAUCACUACUGGGAACACCGUCCUGUACUCCAAAUAUGCCGGAAACGACUUCAAGGGCAGUGAUGGAUCAGAUUACAUCACUUUAAGGGUGUCGGAUGUAAUUGCUGCACUAUCUUGAGCCAGCAAGAGGUCUGUGCCUUUUCUGAUAUGUUGUGUGGGGAGGCAUGAGGUCGGAAAGAAGAAAGUUGCACAAAUUUAAGAAUGAUUGUGCAGCAUAUGCUCCUUUCCAUGGUUGUUUCUGGUUAUUCUAGUUGUACUUCAAUCUUAAUUUAAGUAGUGUAGUUUUUGUAUGGUUC